AGUGCAGUUAUAUUGAAGUUUACCACAUUAAAGGCGCUUUGUAAAUAAUACCUGAGUGUUGCACCUGAUACUGUCUUAUCAGGUUUUAAAACAACGCGUGUAUUUAAAAUGACUCCCGUCUUGUGAACUUAUCGUUGAAAUGCUAUCUCUAUAUGUAAUUGAGGUCACUGUUUAACAAUCGGUAAAACCAGAUGACGACAUUUUUGCAGAAAAAUACGGAUUAUUAGACCAUCAACAUGAUAGGCAUUGCCAGUCAGUUGAGAAGAAAGGCACUGUCAUUUUAAGCUAUGUGAGAAAAUGAUGAAGAAUGGCAGUUGGUUUUUUAUUUCCCAAACCAGCGCUUUGUGGAUUGCGACGUGUAUCGUCUUAAAUCAUGGAAAUAAUUUUAAGACUUUACAGAAGAGAUAUCAUAAACCAGGGAAGCAGUAGUGCUUUUACUGGUAUGACAGACGAGUUUAAUUAUUUUCAAUUACAUGCGAUUUCUACAAUCAUACUUGGCUAUUACGACUAAAUUACGCUCAGAAAUGCGCCCGGGAGUACUGAAUCCAUCGAUUAAGGUAGCGUUUCUUCAAUAAUAUAUAAGGCGUGGUUGAAAUUUAAAAGCUCAUUUGAAGUGAAAUUGUACAAACGGACAACAAAGUCAAAGCAGAAGUGAGCUCAGUAUUACCUAUUUUCUUACUUACUGAAGGAAUUCUCAGUUAAACGCUAGUAGAGAAAUUCAAUAUGGGAUCUUACAAACUCCAGAAACAGUUUAUUUUCCUUAUAGGAAUAUUUUUGUUUUUAACACUUGUAUUGAAUACGAUUCCGCUUUAUUACGAGGCAGAAAGCAAUUUAUUGGAAUCUGUUACAAUACCAUUCGCUACAGUGAGGACAAAUAAAACAUAUUUCACUAAAAAUGUGGUAAAGAGAGAGAGCAGAGAUAUUUGGAAAGUAGUUCCAGGAGAGGACAGUAUCGUAGAUCAAGUCGCUUUCAAUCCAAAGAUUAAUUCAGAUCUUCCACCAAAGAGAAUUCUCAUGCAGCAUGGCGUUUCAGGUUGGGGGCAACAGGAAGGGAGAACAACUUUUAUUGAACAUGAUUGUAAUGUUAAAAAUUGCGAACUUGUGAGUAACCCGAAUCCCGGUGAGAUAUACGAUGCAAGGAUGUUUAAAGAAAUUGACUUAAACAGCUAUUUGGUUAAAAGUAUGUUUAAAGAAACGAUGCGGACUCCGGACCAAGUUUGGAUUAUGUUCGGGCUUGAAAGUCCGGAGGCGUCUCCCAACUAUGAAGGUUUGAACAAUGUAAUUAAUUGGACUGCGACAUACAGACACCAUUCUACCAUAGUGACCCCAUACGAUAAAUGGGUGCCUUUUAAUAAUAUAUCAUCCAUUGUUGCUCAAAAGAACACAAAGAAUUAUGCAGAAGGUAAAACUAAACUCGGAGCAAUUUUUGUUUCGAAUUGUGAUGCAUCAAAUAAUAGGCUGGAAUAUAUUAAAGAACUGAAGAAACAUAUGACAGUUGACAUAUUUGGAUACUGUGGAGAUUUGGAGUGUAGCAAAAAUCCUCAAAAUAGCUGUUUUGAUAUGCUUAGAAAGGAUUACAAAUUCUACUUUGCUUUCGAAAAUGCAAAUUGUCGGGACUAUAUAACAGAAAAGUUCUUCCUUAAUGCCCUACGGAAUGAUGUCCUACCAGUUGUAAUGGGUGCGAAUCCAGACGACUACAAGCGAGUCGCCCCUCCGGGAUCAUUCAUACAUAUAGAAAACUUCAAAGGUCCCGAGGACCUUGCAAAAUAUCUUUUGAAAGUUGCAGCAGACGAUACUGAGUAUAAUAAAUAUUUCCAAUGGAAAGAAACUGGGACGUUCAUUGACACCAAAUUCUGGUGCCGCAUUUGCUCAAUGCUUUGGGACCCGAACAGACCGAGGUUGUCAGUGUCAAACUUGAACGAGUGGUGGAGAGGGGAGGGUAUUUGCAUUGGUUCCACAAGAUGGGAUAGUGUUGACCAAAAGUAAUUUGUUACGCUGCCAUCUAUGAUAAAACUGUGUUAUCAAUAUAUUUUUGCUCAAAAUAUUUUACAAUCUGAAAUUUGGCCCGUUUAACAUACUAACCAUAUUAGUCCCUACAUAACGUAAAUUAUAAAUAAGAGUUACUGUGCCUUAAGUGAAGUUUGAACUUCUUUGCCGUUCUGUCUAUCUGUUGAAACAAUCAGCAAUAAGUCUGUCUGGUAAGGCCUUGUAUUAUUUUUUGAGUUAAUAACAUUAUAGUAUGAAUCUAUGCUUACGUUUAAAAAUCAUUUAUUUUUCAUUGCAAAAACAUACAUUUUAGUGUUAUCGAUGGCUUUUGCUGUAAGUUUAUGUUUAAAGGUCUGUUAAUUGUUAUAUUUACACGAAGUAUCUUUUGUCGGAAAUACACUGAUAUCUGUUUCA